CGACGCUCGCAUACCCACCCCAUCCGCCUUCACGCCACCAUCUCCCCUGCAAGCACCAACUCAACCGUUUGAUCCCCGCGCCUGAGCCCAUCGACUCAAACGCGAGAGCAAGCGACCCUACAAUAGAACCAAAGAAAGCGAACGUUCACCCGUGACAUUUGCUGCUGAAUCCAACUAGGACUGGCAGAACAGCGCGUCGCCAAUCAUGAGGUCCAAGUUUAAGGAUGAGCAUCCGUUUGAGAAACGCAAAGCUGAGGCAGAGCGAAUCAGGCAGAAGUACCCUGACAGAAUCCCUGUUAUCUGCGAAAAGGCAGACAGGACAGACAUUCCAACCAUCGACAAGAAGAAGUAUCUCGUGCCUUCCGAUCUGACUGUCGGCCAGUUCGUCUACGUCAUUCGCAAACGGAUCAAGCUGGCUCCAGAGAAGGCCAUCUUCAUCUUCGUGGACGAGGUUCUGCCCGCAACGGCGGCACUCAUGAGCGCGAUCUACGAGGAGCACAAGGACGAGGACGGUUUUCUUUGUGAGGAUGCCCUUUGCUAUCGUAAUCCUACAGUUGUCCUUGUUGCUCAUACUUUGAUACUGAUUGACGGCCACGCAGACAUCCAGUACAGUGGGGAGAACACAUUCGGUCUCAUGUAGGGCAUUGCGCCGCAUUCGACGUAUAGCCAAUCGACCUGGCCUCAUUGCCGAUGCAUGCCGCCGACGCUUC